AUGGAUGGCGCGAAGCGCAAGACCGACGACGCGGACGACGUGGACGCGGACGACGCGAAGGGGCAGAAGUCUUCGAAGAGAGAGGAAGCCAAGACCUUUGAGCCCUUUGCAACUCCUCACUACUGCUUCAACAAGAUGGGUCAAUUUGUCCCGCUUUGCCGCACGAUUGCUGAUGAGAGAACCAUCGGAAGCAGCCCGCAAAGCCUUGCAGAUCAUCGUGAUGUGUUGCAAGUCAGACUUCUCAAAUGUGAACAAGUUCUUUCUGCCGAAAUACAGCAUCGUCGCAAUCUUCAGGCAGAUCUUUCGAUGGAAAGGACAAGGCGAGAAGUGUUAGAGAGGCAGCAAGAGCCUUUGGAAGAGCAAGUCCGAGAUCUUCAACGCCGUGAGGCCGCUUGGGCACUUGACCGAUGCAAGCUUCAAGCGGCUGAGAAGAAGAUCCAAGAGAUGCAGAAGGCGCAAGAGCAGCUCCUCGCGCGUUUGGAGGAACAAAAGCGAGUCUCCAGCAUGGCGGGGACGCUUCUUGGUGCCAGUUGGCAAUACCAUGACAACGGCAGCUGGCAUGCUUUUCCGCCAGAGGGGAAUGAAAAGAUGCACCAGGCUUAUUUGACGUAUCUUCAACAUCCAGUGCCCAGGAACCGCUUCGUAAGCAUUUGCUCCGCCGGCGUCGAACGGGAGGUGGAUUUUCUAUUGAUGCAGCAAAAGCGUUGCGACAACAAUAAGAUUCGCUGGAUUCGCAUUGAGGCUGGUGUUCCCAAGCAGUGGAUCACCGCUCCAGCCGAUUUGUUGCUGCAAAGUGAUCAGCUGGACUCCUUCUACGUGGAGGUGAAGGAUUCAGCUAUUCAUGCUACCGUGUUGAGCAUUCUGCAGUUGACAGGUCACGGAACCGACAACUCACAAACUUGUUCUUGCAUGAGGACGGCGAAAGUGAAGUCGGUACACCGCAUUGAAAACUGGAGACUCUGGCAGGGAUACAAGUCGAGGUGUGCGGCCUUGCGAAAGGAGCAUGCAAGCUACAAUAUUUCUGUCACUCCUGCACCAAUCGAUUGUGAUGCCUUGCAUGGUACAUACAUGACAAGUCAUCAAGCGGUCUUUGAUUGCGGUGAAGCCUUAGCCGCGGAUGUCGAUGAAAAGAUUCUGUUGCAUGGCACCAGUUGGGGCAAUGCAAAUUCCAUUGUGCUGAAUGGCUUUGACCCUCGGAUGUGCGAUCGUGGCAUGUAUGGCGAUGGGGUCUACUUUGCAUCCGCUGCCUGCAAGAGCCAUCAGUAUACAUGCCCGGAUCACAAGAUGGCCUGCCGCUGCAAGCGUGAGCGGACUUUGAUCAUUGCUCGUGUGGCUCUGGGCGAUGCUUUCAUUGCAACGGAAACACGGAGACAUGAACGCAGGCCACCAAGGAGAAGCAGCACCUUUGGAGGCACCUAUGACUCCAUCAUUGUGAAGCCUGGGCCAAUGAAAGGGCAUCACAAGGACUAUCAAAUUCAUCAGGAAAUUGUGAUCUGUGACCGCGAGCAAGCUUACCCCUCCUAUGUGGUGCAAUAUGAGUUGUGA